AUGUCUAUACAACUAACAUCUUCUAACGUCGUCUUCCUCAAGGUCGGUGCUGGAUUGCAAGUCACACCUAACGCAUCUCGUCUGCUGCACCAGUGGGACCUGCCCCAAAGGUUCUGGGAUUCCGUCGCCGAGCCCACCUACCUCGCUGUCCAUCGCUACUCAGGUCAGCUCCUAGCUUUGGAAGAAGACUUUGACAAGAAGAUUCGAAAACAAUACGGCGCGCCCUUCGUUGACGUCCACCGAGUCGAUCUCCAAUUAUCCCUACUAGAACGAGCACAAGAGCUAGGCGCCAAGCUCAAGUUGUCACAAAAGGUCAUAGACAUCGACUUUAAUACUCCCAAAAUCACCACACAGGAUGGAACAGAGGCAAAGGCCGAUCUGAUUAUCGCCGCCGACGGCUUGUGGUCGCGAUGUCGCAGUGCUUUUCUCGGCACCAAAGAUAUGCCUAAGCCGACAGGAGAUCUGGCGUAUAGAGUUGUUCUCAAUUUGGAUGACAUCAAAGAUCCCGAGUUGAUCGACUGGGUCAAGCACUGUUCGUGCCAUUUCUGGAUUGGACCUGGGGCACACGCUGUGGGUUACUCUCUCCGAGGCGGCAAUAUGUACAAUAUUGUCUUGCUUGUUCCAGACGAUCUCCCACCAGGAGCCAGUAGGCUUCCUGGAUCGGUUGACCAGAUGAAAGCCCUGUUUGAAGGCUGGGAUCCAAUCCUACUUCGCUUUCUUGACCUUGUGACUGAAGUUGACAGAUGGAAGCUAAUGCAUCACGACGAAAUGCAACAUUGGAUCAACGACCAAUCCAACUUUGUCUUCAUUGGGGAUGCCUGUCAUCCUAUGCUCCCGUAUUUAGCACAAGGCGCAAACUCAGCGAUCGAGGAUGGCGCAGUGUUGGGACUCUUACUAGGCGCUGUUGAGGCUCGUAACCAAAUUCCCGAAGCCUUGAAGCUCUAUGAAAAGAUGCGUAAGAGUCGUGGAGAGGCGAUUGUGAGAGAAACAUUUAAGCAGCGGGAGUCAUUCCAUAUGGUCGACGGACCCCAGCAAGUGAAACGCGACGAGAUAUUCUUAUCUCAGCUGGGGAAAAAAGAACUCAAGGCACCCUUUCCUAGUCGCUGGACCUGUCCCGAAGUCCAGCCAUGGCUAUACGGCUACGAUGCUUAUAAAGAAGUUCACGAUGCUCUCGCGAAGAAUUCGUUUACUCGAUUCUCAGUUGUAGCACAGCCUGCUAGUCCAGUCGUGACUUCGCGGAGCUGGUUGUCACGUUUAUUGACGUAUAUCCAUAGCUAG